AGAGGACUUGAUUUCUAGGGUUUCAAACAUUUCCCCAAUCAUUGUAGAAGAAAAUGAACGAAAGCUCAGAGACCCACAAGCGUGAAGCUGAUUCAGAAAUCAAGGAGGAUCUUGUUGCGUCGAAGAAGUCGAGGACCGAAUCUUCUGAAGUUGGUUUGGAUGAAAAUGCUGUAAAGGUAGUAACUUUCCACAUUGAAGCUGAUGCUGCUGAGGAUAAGGGUUCUAGGCAUACCAUGGAAGAUGCAUGUGUGGUGCUUCUGGAUGCAAGUCUAGAUUACCCUGGAAAUUUGAGGUGUGCACAUUUUGCAAUUUAUGAUGGACACGGAGGCAGGUUAGCUGCAGAAUAUGCGCAAAAGCAUUUGCAUGGGAAUGUCCUUUCAGCAGGAUUACCACGUGAGUUGUUGGAUGUAAAGGCAGCUAAAAAAUCUAUACUUGACGGUUUUCGUAAAACUGAUGAGGCUCUUCUUCAAGAAAGUGCUGAAGGGGGAUGGCAGGAUGGUGCUACAGCCGUAUGUGUUUGGGUAUUGGGACAAAAAGUUUUUGUGGCAAAUGUAGGAGAUGCCAAAGCAGUUUUAGCUCGGUCAACUAUAACUGAUGGAUUCCAAGAUCACUCAGAUGGAGUCCCUGCACUAAAGGCCAUUGUUUUGACGAGAGAACACAAACCUAUCUUCCCGCAGGAGCGUGCACGUAUUCAGAAGGCUGGUGGUGUUGUGAGCUCAAAUGGACGAUUACAAGGGCGUCUAGAAGUUUCUAGGGGUUUUGGAGAUCGCCAGUUCAAAAAGGUGGGUUUUAUUGCAACCCCAGAUAUCCAUUCUUUUGACCUGACAGAUAGAGAGCAUUUCAUCAUUCUUGGCUGUGAUGGUUUGUGGGGGGUAUUUGGUCCCAGUGAUGCUGUUGAUUUUGUUCAGAAGUUAUUGAAUGAGGGACUACCCGUUGCGGUCGUGAGCCGCCGUCUUGUAAGAGAAGCUGUUCGUGAGCGUCGAUGUAAAGAUAACUGCACUGCAAUUGUCAUUGUAUUCAGGCGCAAUUAAUCCCUGAUUUGCCAAUAGAAAUGGGGUUUGUUUGUUUUAAGUUACUGCUUUCAAAAGCAAUGUAAAAUGCAUGCAUGAAUUACCUAACACUGCCAACAAGUGGUGGCUCUUAACUUACAUCAAAUAGUUUUUUUGGUUCUGAAACUCGUGCAUGAUUCUUGUAAUCGUAAUGCAUGUUGAAACAGUGGAUAAUUGUGAUAUCUGUAUGAUGAAGUUGAAGUGGAGGUCAAUUCCUUUACAAGGCAGUAGUACCUUAGUAGUAUAUGAUUUGAUUUUGGGAGUUACUGGGAAAUAGACUUUAAUUUGUUUUCAGGAGCCGAAUAUGUUGUUAUUUGUGA